AUGGCUCCUAAAUGGGUUUUCAAUCUCCCAAUUACUUCCAAAGUUGAUGUUUAUAGCUAUGGGAUUGUUGUGUUGGAGAUGAUCACAGGAAGGAGCCCAACGGGAGUCCGCGACGCUAUUGAGGGUGAAGAAGAGAAGGGGUGUGAAAGAUUAGAAACUUGGGUGAGGAAGAACAUGAAUGGUUCAGAGGCAUUGUGGAUUGAAGAAAUAAUAAACCCUGUCAUGAUGGGGGGAUGUGAGAGGAGUAAGAUGGAAAAUCUGGUUAGGGUGGUUGUGCAAUGUGUGGAGGCAGGUACAGAUGCUAGACCCACCAUGAGAGAGGUGGUGGAGAUGCUUUUGGGCCAUGAGGAUAGCCAUGACACCGCCUAG